GCAGAAGGUCGUUGUCACUCCCACUCGUCUCGUCAGCCAACUUGGAAUCGAACUUCAGCUCAUUUCAGCGUCGUAGAAUGUUGAGAAAGAAACAAGAGAUUAGAAGGAAACGACACAGAUAUCAUCGCCAGCGUCUGUUCCCAAACUUUAUGAAUACUAUUGUUGCAAACUUUCCCAUUAGACAAAAUAUCAAGAAGUUCAGGACUAUCAGGUGGUGGGAAAUGGCGAGAAACUCCCUCAGUGACAAGGAUUGGAUGGAACAUUUCCGAAUGUCCAAAAACACCUACCUUGGCAUCGUAAAUGAACUGGAAAAAAGUAAACUGGCUGUCUUGCAUGCUCAAAAGGGCGCUUUGGAUAUAGGCACUAAAUGUGCUGUGGCUAUCUUCAAACUAACUAACAAAAGAAAUUAUACAUUUGUUGGAGGCUUAUUCGGCAUCCAUAGCAGUACAGUGUUUUUCUGUAUUAAUCGUUUUUGCAAAGCAGUUAAUGAGGUCCUCCUCCCUCAAUAUUUAAGAAUGCCGAGUUUAGAAGAAGCUGAAGAAAUAGCAAGUCACUUUGAAGCCACGAGUUGCCUCCCUCAAGUUUUAGGGGCUAUUGAUCUCACUCACAUUCCUGUCAAUGUACAGAAGCAUCGGAAGAAAUUCUUAAAUUCAAACCGAUGGCCUUCGUUGAUACUACAAGCAGUUGUGGAUAACAGAUAUUUGUUUCGUGAUAUUUCCUGCAACAACCCAGGCACAAGGAAUGAAGUUGAGGUUUUUCAAGACUCUGAUUUGUAUAAAAACGUUCAAGAGUUGAUGCCUUCUUCUCCAAAAAUCCUCAAUGAGACUGAGAUGGACUUGUAUUUUGUUGGUAAUGCUGUGUACCCUCUAUUACCAUGGUUGAUAACACCGCACUUGGACCCAGAAGACGAUGUGAAAGAAUCAUUCAAUAUUUAUCUGAAUACCGCUCUAGAUGUAGUUCAAAUUGCUUUCAACAAACUGAAAGGAAGGUUUCCAUGUCUAAGUAGGAAGUCAGAGUUUCUCCAUGCUACCUUACCGAUGAUCAUUACUACCUGUGUAGUUUUGCACAAUAUUGUAGAAGUUUCAGAAGAUGAAUUUCUACCAAUUUGGUAUGAAAGUUUGAAGGAAGGUGAAACAAAAUAUCCCCAACCACCAAUUUACAGUGACCAAUGUCUGGAGAGUGCAGAAGGUAUCACUAACAGGGAGUUUUUAACUCAAUAUAUGGCUGACAAUUUUGAAUUGGUGUCACAAGUUACAGAGACACCAAGCUGAGUAAACUCUUCCAAUACCUUACCUGUAAGCUAUACAGUACAUAGGUUUUGGAUGUAACAUAGAGCACAAGGCCUAGGUUUUUGGGAUUUUUUGUAAGGAUAGCUGGUUUACCUGAAUGAGAAAGAGUCCUAACCAGCACAAGAGACAAAAAAAAAACACUAUAUAAUAUAUAAAACUCUCAGUUAAAAACAACUUUAUUGCACUCAGUUAUUGAUGGAAAGAUUUAACAGUUAAAUACGCUCUCUUCCUUAUAGUGGAUAAUACUGUCAGUCAGGGACAUAUUUCCGAAUAGACGGACUAGGCGCCCGCCUAGGGCAGCAAAUUUUAGGGGCUGCAAAAUUUGGGGGUUAAAAAAUUAAAAAGGGGGAUUUUUUUUUUUUUAAAAUAAACGUUUAGCAAAUAAUUCUGAGAACGGCAAAACAGUAAUUUGAAAUAUUUUAAUAGAGUAUAAAAUUAUUUCAGAACGCAUUGUAAGUCAAACAAAAGUCUAUAGUUUAUCACACGUCUGUGCUGAGUUUUCCGUGUUGCCCUAUUUGGCUGUGCUGAGUUCUCGUUUUCGAAUGCCGCAGGAGCGUAGUGGCGAACGAAGAAAACACUUCCCCUUGUUUACUGCUUCAUACUUCAUACGCCACUACGUAGCGGCAGCGCUAGAUGAAAGGUUGAAGAGUUGAAAAAAGGAAAGUGUAAACAAAAUACUUACUACUGCACCAACUUAACUCAUUUAAAAUUGUAUAUUAUUCUUUUAAGUAAAAGUACGUACUUUUUUCUUUUUGAUUCAUGCUUUUUUGUUAUGAAACAGUUCUAUAAGUAAACAUAUUUGUUUCAUUUCAAAGCCAAUAGCAAGUAGCAUGCCUCUAAAGUGGAUCUGACUUAAAGUGUUCAAUGAAAAGCGUUAUAAGAGCCCUUGUAUACAGACGAUUUUGUGUGUCGUUUCACGCCCCAAAACGUGAUUAUAAUUACUGAUUAGAUAAAACACGUUGCAUUCCGUGUAUCAAAGUCAAAAUCAUAUUUUGUAUUAAAACGGCGCAAAAGAGUCUGUUAAAAGGGCUCAAAAAGUUAUUAAAUUUGUUGAUGCACUAUGCAAUAUUGCUGAUUAUUUUUCUACAAAAUCAGCUGACAGGGCAUGUAUUGGCCA